AUGACAGUGAUUGAAGAUGAUAACGGCGUACCAUGGUUCGAAGAAGACCAGAUUGCUGAUGUAAUAUGCAAGUAUUACAAUAACAUCUUCACAUCAUCCCACCAGGAAAGCCUGCAGACAGUGGAGAAAGCACUUCAGCCGUGUAUAACAUCAGAAAUUAACGAGGAGCUGAUCAAAGAACCAUCACCAACAGAGAUUAAGGAAACUACCUUUGCCAUACAUCCAGACAAGGCCCCCGGACCAGACGGCUUCUCAGCCAGCUUCUUUCAGGCUAAUUGGGACGUGGUGGGAGCUGAUGUGAUCAAAGAAAUCCAACGUUUCUUCACUACUGGUAUCCUCCAACCCUCGCAAAAUGUAACUCAUGUCAGACUGAUUCCUAAAAUUGUGGGAGCAAAGCGAGUAGCCGACUAUCGACCUAUUGCAUUGUGCAAUAUCUACUUCAAGAUUAUUUCAAAGCUACUGUCUAUAAGAUUGAAACCAGUACUACAUUCUAUAAUCUCUGAAAAUCAGCCAGCUUUCAUCCCGGGGAGGGCAAUCUCAGACAACAUCCUAAUCACUCAUGAAGUUCUACAAUAUCUCAAGACGUCUAAAGCUCAAAAGAAGUGCACAAUGGCUGUUAAAACUGACAUGUCUAAAGCGUAUGACAGAGUGGAGUGGAAAUUCAUUGCACAAUUACUACAAAGGCUAGGAUUCCACGAGAAGUGGAUCAACUUGAUUAUGCAAUGCGUGACUACAGUCUCCUACACCUACCUAAUCAAUGACUCUGUCAAAGGUUAUGUUACACCAUGCAGAGGGAUAAGACAAGGGGACCCUCUAUCCCCCUAUCUUUUCAUCCUAUGUGGACAGGUUCUAUCCGGCCUAUGCACAAAAGCAGGACGAGAAGGUACCUUACAAGGAGUGCGUGUGGCACGAGGAAGCCCGAGGGUUAAUCAUCUGCUCUUUGCAGAUGAUACCAUGUUCUUCUGCCAAGCUUCCCCUACUUGCUGCAACAAACUAAAUGAAGUACUCUGGGAGUAUGAACAAGCCUCGGGGCAGAAGAUCAAUACAGACAAGUCAUCCGUCACCUUCUCCUGCAAAACAUCACCAGAAAAGAAAGAACUAGUCAAAAGCAUUCUAGGAAUAGUAAAAGAAGGAGGAUCAGGCAAGUAUUUGGGUCUACCUGAGCACUUCGGUCGCAGGAAGAAGGACAUGUUCACGGCCAUUUUGGAUAAGAUCAGACAACGAGCCGCAAGCUUCUCCACGAGCUUCCUAUCCAAGGCAGGCAAGCUCACAAUGUUGAAGUCAGUCUUGACGGUAAUACCAACCUUCUCCAUGUCCUGUUUUGAGCUUCCUGUGAGCCUCUGCAAACACAUACAAUCCAUGUUAAUAAGGUUCUGGUGGGAUCAACCAAAUGGAAAAAAGAAGAUGGCAUGGGUGUCUUGGGAUAAGAUGACUAAACCUAAGGCAUACGGUGGUCUAGGUUUCAGAGACAUUCAAGUAUUUAAUCAAGCACUCCUAGCUAAACAGGCUUGGAGAAUCUUAACCAAACCAGACAGUCUCCUAGCACGUGUUCUCUUGGGAAAAUAUUGUCACUCAACCUCCUUCUUAGAAGUUCAACAGCCAUAUGUAUGCUCUCACGGGUGGAGAAGUAUCCUAAAGGGAAGAGAUCUCCUAAAAGGCAACUUAGGUAAAGCUAUUGGUAAUGGCGAGACUACUAAGCUAUGGAAGGAUUCAUGGAUCUCUCUAACUGAGAACAUUAAACCCUAUGGUCCUAUACCGGAGGGAGCUCUCGAUCUCACAGUUUCCGAUCUACUCACGUCUGAGAUGCAGUGGAAUAAAGAGAAAUUAGAAAAUCUCUUACCUCAACUUGCUAAGGAUAUUCAGUUGCUGCAACCAAGCAUGUCGAGAGCUGAGGAUCGUUACAUAUGGCAACCUCUCCCCUCAGGAGACUACACCACACGCUCAGGGUACUUCUCGGCAUCUUUGAAAGCCACUCAGAUAGCUACAGUAUCAGAGCAGGGACAAUUCAAAUGGGUCAGAGAUGUCUGGAGUGCUGCGUGCUCUCCAAAAAUGCAGACGUUUCUCUUGUCCAUCAUACAAAGGGCUCUACCCCUCGGUGAGAACCUACAACAACGAGGAAUGGAAGUCUGGAAAAUCAUCCCACUCAAGCAGGUAGUUCACCUAGCUACCGGAGAAGGCUUCAAAGAAGCGGUCACAGCUUUCAAAAGUGCUAUCUGUCUCCCCCCAACAGGCAUAACAGGCGCUGUUCUACCCUGGAUCUGUUGGGCUCUAUGGAAUGCAAGGAACCUCCUUAUCUUCGAGAAUCGAACCCUGACACCGACAGAAACAGCAUCAAAAGGAUUAAAUCAAGCUCGAGAGUGGUCAAUGGCGCAAGGAAACGAUCAGCAAAGAACAAAGGGAUUACCUCAACCACGAGGACCUACGGUUCCCAAUCGAAGAAACCCUUCAGUACCGACAUGCAAAUCCGAUGUGGCUUGGGAUCGAAGAUCACAACGGGCAGGUUUGGCUUGGAUUCUAACGAAGCCAACAGGAGAGUACAUCGAGCAAGGAUCGUCGACUCAACAGUUGGUUAAUUCACCCCUGAUUGCGGAAGCUCUGGCUUUGCGAUCAGGAUUCAUCUCCGCAAGAAACUUGGGACUCUCGAGUCUUCACUGUUUCUCUGAUAAUGCAACGCUCAUCCGAGCUAUCAACUCCGACAACCAGAUCAAGGAGAUCUAUGAUAUCAUUGAAGAUAUCAAACACCUCUACUAUGCUUUCGUCGAAGUCUCGUUUUUUCAUUUCUCUAGAUCUUUGAAUGGGGAAGCUGAUUCGUUAGCUAAGCGAUCCCUCUCUUCGUCUUUGUUAUUGGACCCAUUCAUGGGCUAA